AAAAAAAAAUCCGUUCAUAAAUAUUUAAAACCUUAAUAGUGCUUGAAUAGCUAAUGAUUUUGGUUUACAAUAAAAAUAUUAAAGAAAAAAUUAACAAUUUUAAAACAUUAUACAGUAUAAUUGAUAAAAUACACAUAAAAUGUGGCCUCCAUAAGUUUUGGAUGAUGGCAUUGCAAGUGUGUAACUUAAAGAUACACAGAAACAAUGAUUUUACACACACACACAUAUAUAUAUCGGUGCUGUAGGAAGAAAACCUUGUAUAUCCAAAACAGUAACUUUACAGGAGAAGGAAAAAACAUACUUUCAAUGUUGUGCCCUACAUCUAUCGGGCCAUCGCCUCCCGCCAUAUUCCGCUGAGUGGGAUUAAAAUGGUUCAUCUGGACUCCCACCCUGACAUGCUGAUCCCGGUUAACAUGCCAGCCUGCACAGUGUUUGACAAAGAGGCGUUGUUCAGCGAGCUGAGCAUUGAGAACUGGAUCAUGCCCAUGGUCUUUGCUGGACACGUAUCCCACAUCGCCUGGCUGCAUCCAUACUGGGCUCAGCAGAUCAAGGAGGGGGAGCAUAACAUGCAUGUCGGCAGAGAUAAGUCAACCACCACCAUCAGGGUCACAAGCACUGAUGAUUACUUUCUGAGUGACGCCCUCUACGUGCCCGCGCACCAGCUUGAGGACUCCAAGUCCUUGCACUUAAGAGUCAUCCAGGUGGAUCCAGUGGACACGUCUCACAGUAGCCAGGGUCAGAAUGACUGCAUCUCUGCUAAGAAACCUAAAACCGAUUCUAAUGGGGAGGUAAACAAAGAGCAGGAACAUCAACCCAAAGCAAAUGCGUUCACUUGCUCGUUUCAGCCACCAGAUGGCAGCAGUACAUCAGGACACAGUGCAAAGGCCCAGAAAGGCUCAGCUGCAUCUUUUGUAAGCAGCCUGCUCAGAUUCAUUGAGCAAAAUGAUGCUUAUAUCCUUGACAUUGACCUGGAUUUUUUUUCCUGUAAGAAUCCCUUCAAGGAUCUUUACACGCAGGAAGAGUACUCGGUCCUGCAGGAAUUGUAUAGUUUCAAGAGGCCCAAAGAGGGUGCAGACGAGGAGGAGCUGUUGGACUGCGUGGAGAGACGCACUCGGCAGUUGGAGGAUCUGGAAGCUGCCUUUGCUGACCUGCUGGAGGACGACAGCCAGAACACCAUAGACCGCUGGGCUGCAAACCCUGGGAUGGGAUCCCUGGCCAAACUCGUGUCUAGCCUGAAGAACCGAAACGAAUCGCCAGACUACGAAAUGGUGCAUCAGGCAGGGCUGACCUGUGAUUACUCUGAGCUUCCACACCACAUUAGCAGUGAAGAGGAGAUCCAGCAGCUCCUGCUUGCUGUGCAGCUUGUGCUGGAGGCUCUGCCCAAACCCACAAUCGUCACCAUAUCAAGAUCCAGUUUGGAUGAAUACUGCCCUGCUGAACAGGUGAACUCCAUUCAGAACAACAUGCUCAGCAUUCUUGAAAUGCUGUUCGGCUCUUUAGAUGUUCAUAAGGAGUAUGAAUCAGCUCCUGAGGAAAGUGCACCACAGAUCCCCUCAACAUGAAAGCAUACUUAUAUUCAACUUAAGUGGUCUCCAGUGCUGUUUUCGAGUGAGCAGUGGGGUGGGGAAAUGUGUGCGUGAGUGGUUUCUAGAUGAAUGAGCCUGUGCUACUGGAAUUGAUAUAUCGGGCUGCUUAAAUUGUUAUCUUGAAAAUAUGGGAAGUGGUGAAGCACAUAUCUUGUAUUGUGCCUGUAGGGCAUGGUUUAAAACAAGCAAAAAAAAGGCCGAGCUGCAUCAACAUUUCUCAUGCUUUGUGUCUUUUUUUUUUGUCUGUUUGGCCUGAAAAAUGUAAUACCUCAUGUACAUAUCUGUGAAUUUGUAUAAUAAAAUCAAAUUAUUACAAGAA